AAUACCAUUGCAGAAGAAAAAACAAGAAACCAAUACCAAAACAUUAACAACUACCACUACAGCCUACACGAAACACUACCACUACCACUUAUCAACAACUACCAUUGCAGAUUACAACAAUACUAUUACAUGAUAAUCAAUAUGCGAAAAAAGAAUACCAAUGCAAAAAAACACUACCAAUGCAAAAAAGUAAAUACCAACAAAAAACCAGACGUCAUCUUCUCUAGUCGAGUUCCCCAUACGAAAAAAUUACCUAAGCCACCCAAUACUCCGAAACCGACUAUGAGCAAAUCAAUCUCUCCGACGAGACCAGAGGAAGCGGGCUUCUUCACUUCGUCGCUCUUGGCACCUUGCCAAAAAUUGGAGCCAAAUGAAUUGACUUUAGCAGAAAUAAAGAUAUCCCACGUCUGCAAACUGAAUUUAACGAAAAGGGAAAGAGGGAAUAAUUUCAUGGGAAUUGGGGACCACGGCGGUGGAGAGAAUCUCCGGUGGUGCGACGAGCGGAAUGGAAACUGAAACGGUUGGGUCGCAGAAGGCAGGGGGCAAGGGAGGGUGAGACGGCGGGAGGAUGAUGGAGGCGGCCGGCGGGAAGGGAGGAUGGGUGGGGUGAGGUGAAGGCAGCGGGAGGGUGAGGGAGGCAGCCGGCGAGAGGUGGGAGGGUGGAGAGGGUAGAGGUAGGGUUGGAAAAGGUAGGUUAUAAAUAUAGGUAAUAAUCUGGUGUGAUGAUAUUUUGAUUCCCAAACUAUCCUUAAUUUAAUCUUGACCGUCAUUAAAAAAAAAGGAAAAAAUAAAGUUAAUGCAGGGUUUAGAUAUCGAUAGCCACAAUGAUUACUAAAAAACUAGUAUCCACCCUAACGCAUUCCCACUAUUUCAUUCAAUGUUGGUAAUAAUCAUGUAGGAUUCGAAAAUUAUUGGGAAAUUUAACUAUGCUCAAGCAAAUCGUUAUUUACCAUAGUCAUCAUUUAAUUACACAUAACAUUUUUUUUAAAUACAAAAUUUCUUUAGAUGAUUGGGACUUGUUUAAUUAGUAUCCUCCAUCUCAUCCUGAUAAAAGAUAAUGCAUCUUCCUCUUUCUUCCACAUUUUACAUCAUGAUUAACGAUCUUCUACGAUGUUAGGUGAAAUUCCUCCUGAAUUGGGCAAUCUUGAUGCACUAAAAGUUCUCAGCCUCGGUGAAAAUAAGCUAAGUGGGCCUAUUCCGUGGAAGAUUUUCAACAUCUCAUCUAUGCAUUGGAUGGAAUUUUUUCGACGACAAAUUAUCGGGAAUCUCCCACCAACCUUGGGCUCACAGUUUCCGAAUCUCAAGGUUCUCAAUCAGUGGCGGAUCCAGGGAUGGUCACCCCGGGCCUCAGCCCAGUCCUCCCUUAGAUUCGGAGUUACUAUAGUGUUUAUAAAUUUUUCGAUUUUAAUUAUUCGGCUUAGUGUUAUUUUAUAAUAAGAUUGGGUGUAACUAGAAAAAUGAUUCAGAUUAACGUAUUCAAAUCACUAUUAUAAAUUUAGUCUAAAAAUUCUAACUCCAAAGACUAUUUUUCUAAAAAAAAAACAAUGAAAUCUAAAAUUCUAAUAGUCUAAAAAGUAAAAAAACUAAGAAAUAUGAGGUUUAUUCCCUUGAAAAUUUACUAAAGCAGUUAGUGGAUGUAGGUAUGGACACACAAUGCACGAUUGAUUUGUCUAGUGUUGACGCUGCUCGUAUCAACAACUACUACAAGGAGAACCUUUUCAACAAUGAAACUGAUUUCGCAACUAAAUGAACGAUGAAUUUCUAGCCGAUUGCUAAAGUAUUUUAUUUAAAACAAUGUAUACUAUUGGUAUGGAUGUGGACUCCAUUAUUGAUGCAUUCGCUAAAUUAAAAUACCGUCGUGUACAAUUUAUAUUGUAAAAAAACUAUAAUGUUUUUUUACGAUUCUAAUUUUUUAAUGAAAUGCGGCCCAGCGCUCUUCUGUGUUCUGGAUCCGCCGCUGUUCUCAAUGCUUGGGAAAAUCAGCUUAGUGGAAGCAUCCCGCCCUUUAUUGCCAAUGCUUCUAAGCUUGCUUUGAUGUCCCUAGCUAGAUGAAAACUCAUUGUCUGGUCGUGCACCCGAUGCCAUUUCCCGUUUGGAAUUUCUCCAAAUCCUUAAGCUUGAUGGCAACAAGAGGCUUGUUGUGCAGCCAUCCUUUAUCACUUCUUUGACAAGAUGCACUCGACGAUUGGAUAUAUCAGGAACUUCAUUUGAGGAUGCUUCACUUCCAAGCUCCCCUAGGGAAUUUUUCAUCUCUAGAAGAAUUUUAUGCGUAUGAGAGCAGAAUAACAGGUAUCAUCCCUG